CAAACGGCCAAAUACUGUUUGUCCUGUAUUUUUCAUCCUUCGUCCCAGAGUGAGAUCUUCACAAACUUCUGCUUCACAUGAGAAGGAACGGGUUUUUUUUUUUUAAACCCUGUGAAUAAACCAUUAAAAGAAAUGUAAAAGACUUUUCUGAGUUUGUGGAUAAGUGGUUUGGCCCUCAGACAACUUCACUUUGCUCUCAUUCAAUAUAAAACAAACUCCACUCAGUCGAUCAUCCCCGUGUUCCUUAAUCAUUGUCAAAUAACUUCACCCGUUUGUUCCGUUCUAGAAAUCCAGCCGCUAUCGUCCGCUGCACAACAGCUCCUCCUCCAUGACGCUGCCCCUCACGAAGUCUGUAUCCAUGCUUGCGAUUAGCCAGAGAGACAUAGACGGGGUGGGAUUUCUGAGGCAUAAGAAGCGAAUUUCCUUCUCUUUCAACCUUUCCCCAAUCCUCAGCAAAUAUAAGUCUCACUUCAUUUCUGGGGAUUCUUCUUCUAGUGAUGAUGACGAUACCAUAAGUAUGAGGUCAUUUUCUAGCACCUCCGGGUCACUAGCCUACAGUAUAUCAGAGGAAGAGCCUGGACCUCUGCGGACGGACACCGAGGAGAAGAGUGUGACCAAAGUCAGCCGAACCUUCAGCUACCUCAAAAACAAGAUGUACAAAAAGACCAGGGAAAAGGAACGGGAGAAAAGGGAAAAAGACAAGGAGAGCAAGGAGAAGGACAAGAAGACGACCAACGGUCAUCUGUUUACGUCGGGCCCCUCGGACCACGCAGCUCACUGUUCCCAGUGCAAUAAGACAUUCACCAGCAAAGAUGCUUUUCACUGCACAUAUUGUAAUUCUUCUGUCCAUAAGGGCUGCAGGGAGAGCCUGCCAGUGUGUGCCAAGGUGAAGAUGAAGUUACCCAAGCAGCCGACUGCAGUACCAGAUUCAAGCUCUAACCCUACAGUCACAAUGAGGAACAAGUCUGGAGGCACCAGAGAGCGACCCUGGUCUGCCAUCCUGUCCCCCGAGGAUCAUUCUUCACUCAUGAUCCCGUCUUCGAGGAGAGCCACCAGUAUAAUGCCCUUCCAUGGAAACAACUUGUCCAAAAGUCUGUCCAUAAGCAACAUCGCUGGUCCGGUGUUUGAUGAGAUGCCCAUCCGAGGCCUGCGUUAUCUCUCCCAGUCCACGGACUCCCUCAACAGAACCAACCAGGUCACAGAGUCAAUGGAAUCUCUCACUGAUGAAGGUACGGAAAUGAUGGACGGGCCGCUGAUGGGUGAGUUUGAGGGCGAAGUCAAGGAUCUGGAAGCUGAUUCGUGGAGUCUGUGUGUGGAGCAGCAGUACCUGCAGAUCCUGGACAGGGAGGUGGUGAAGAGACAAGACGUCAUCUACGAGCUGAUGCAAACAGAGAUGCAUCACAUCCGGACGUUGCGCAUCAUGUCGGAGGUCUACAGCAAAGGCCUUCAGAAGGAGCUGCAGCUGGAACUUCAGACGUUGGAGAAGCUGUUCCCUGCUCUGGACGAGCUCCUUGAGAUCCACACACAGCACCUCCAGCGCCUCCUGGAGAGGAAGAAAGAGUGCCAGCCGGAGGGGGCUGGUCCGGAGGCCGCCGUUAUUAUCAACAGGAUCGGAGACGUACUCAUCAGCCAGUUUUCAGGGACAAAUGGGGAAAAGAUGAGGAGGAUUUACGGAAGAUUCUGCAGCCGCCACAACGAAGCCGUCAACUUUUACAAAGACCUCAUGACUAAAGACAAGCGUUUCAAAGCGUUCAUAAAAAAAAAGAUGAGCAGCAGCAUCGUGCGGAGGUUAGGUAUCCCAGAAUGCAUUUUGCUGGUGACGCAGAGGAUAACAAAGUACCCCGUGUUGGUGCAGAGAAUGUUACAGCACACAACAGAGAGUGAAGAAGACUACGACGACCUGACGGAGGCCAUCAGGCUGGUGAAGGAGGUUAUAGCGGCGGUGGAUUCCAAGGUGAACGAGCACGAGAAGCGACAGCGGCUGAAAGACUUCCACAGCCGAAUGGACAGCAAGUCCAUCAUGAUGAUGAAGAACGGUCAGAUUUUUGCCAGGGAGGAUCUGCUGAGGAGGAGGCUGAUCCACGACGGAACGCUUCAGCUGAAGAACACCCAGGGCAGAUUGAAGGAUGUCCAUGCUCUGCUCCUUUCGGAUAUCUUUGUCUUCCUUCAAGAGAAAGACCAGAAAUAUGUCUUUGCCAUGUUGGAUCAGCGUUCCACCGUCAUCUCCCUCCAGAAGUUGAUCAUCAGGGAGGUCGCCAACGAAGAGCGCGGCCUCUUCCUCAUCACGGCGGGCAUCGAGAAGCCGGAGAUGAUCGAGGUCCUGGCCAGCUCCAAGGACGAGCGCAACACCUGGAUGCAGCUCAUCCAGAACGCCAUGCAGUCCAUAGAGAAGGAUGAGGAUGAAGGGAUUCCCAGUGAAACUGAAGAUGACAAGAGACAACUGGAAUCUAAAGCCAAGGAGAUGAGAGGUGACAUGAAAACUUCAAACUGGGAUCAAUUUGCUUUUAGAAUCACGUGUUUAUCUCGACCUCAUCCUUUUAUUUCUCUGUCGGUCGGGGAGCCCUUCUUCAGAUCAGCCUGUAGCCUGGAGCCAGCCAAGGGGGCCUCCAUCAUGAAGAACGCCCUGCAGGAAGUGGAGAAGUUGCAGGCCCUGGUAAAUGGCAGUCUGGGUGGAGCGAUGGCCAGUGCCCAGGAAGGAGGAGGCGGUGUUGGAGGAGGAGGUGGUGGCGGCGGCGGCGUGGGGCCGGUGUGUUUGCCUCGUCGGGCUGAGACGUUCGGAGGUUUUGACAGUCACCAGAUGCACGGCAGUAAGAGUGGCGACAGAGACGAGGGCGAGGAUACGACGGGAGAUCUGCGAAGGACGGAGUCUGAUGGUGUUUUAAAGAAGGGAGGAAAUGCGAACCUGCUCCAGCUGCUGAAGAGGAACAGCGAGCAGGUCCUGCACAGUGUCACCAACCUGCACGUCCUGCUCAGCACCCUGCAGGCGGUGGUGGUGCAGCAGGACAGUUUCAUCGAGGAGCAGCGUCAGGCUCUGUGCGAGCGCUCCUCCUCCUCCAGCACGCCGCCGUCGCGGCAGUCCUCGCGGCCGAGCUCCCUGAUCGAACAGGAGAAGCAGCGGAGCCUCGAGAAGCAGCGGCAGGAGUUGGCGUCACUUCAGAGGCAACAGGCAGCUCACGCUGAGGAGAAGAGGAGGCGGGAGAAGGAGUGGGAGCUCAGAGAACAGCAGAUGACGGAGAGGGAGGCGCUGGUGCACAUCCAGGAGGAAGAGGUAAUGAAGCAGCAGAAGAAGCUGGAGGAGGAGAGGUGGGAGCUGCAGAGUAAGAAGGAGGAGUACCAGAGGGACCUGGAGAGGCUGCGAGACGCACAGAAGAAGCUGGAGAGGGACAAGGAGGCGGUGAGGCGGCAGAUAGACAAGAUGGAGAGCGAGAGAACUCCCUCUACCACGUCUGAUGAAUCCCAGUUCCUUGGCAGCUCCCAGUCUCUGGAGCCAGACCCGCUGGAGUUCUUAGCCACCUCCUGCUCCUCUACCUCCUCGUUCCUGCCCGUGCUGCAGCCGCAGCAGUCGAAGCCCAAAGGGAAGGGCCUGAAUCCAUUCACCUUAUCCUCCACCAGCACCAACCUCAAAAGCAGUGAGGCCAACAACCAGAUCUCAAAGAGUCUGCUGCAGCUGGCCAAGAGCAGGAGCAAAGAGACCAAGGAGAAGAAGAAGAAGAAGGAGAAAGGAGGGAGUUCUCAGACAGCAGACACCCAGCACCGUCAGGAGCCUCCUCUGGACGGAGAGAUCUUCUUCUGCUGAGGGCGCCGUGUCUUCAGAACGUCUGAGAGCGAGGGGUCGUCGUGAAACGAACCAACGUGGAUGAGACGUCAGGCCUUUGACGAACAACCACAGACACGGUGUUUACCACUUUUUUUUUUAAUCGUGGGAAAAAGUCAAAUAUUUUUGGGAGUCGCCGUCUCUUACGAGGUGAGACAAAUGCAGGCCUUCAGUCCAUUGGAAAUACGGAGGAGCUCGUUCACACUCUUCACUGCACAAAGAAAACUUCUCUUUUCCAAAGAAGCCGUUGUGACGGUGGGUUAACGGUGUUUUAUGGACUCGACUGCCUUCAUGUUUUAUGAUCCAGACCAACAGUGUUUGAACCAUCCUUAACCAGAAGGACUUGUCCUCCACUAACAGAUGAGUACAGAUACAGAUACGCUGCAAAAAAAGUUGGUUAGUGCUCUAGCCUUACAGUAAGACGAUCAACGUUCGAUUCCGGUUUGUUCUGAUGGAGUUUCUAGUUUUCCUCCAAAGGUCUAAAAACAUGUGGAUCAGGUUAAUUGCUGACUCCAAAAAUAACCAGAGGUCAAAGUGUCAUGGGAUGGACAGGUGAACUGUUUAGGGUGUACAGCGCCCUCACCUGGGGAACGCUGGGAAUGGCAAUCAAAAAAAAUGUAAUAUCAGUGUUGCAUCAGAUACUGACUUGUCAAAGAUUUCAUUAAUAAUUGAAUCAUUACUGAAGAGACGAAAUUGUGUCCAAUAUUUCUAACUUGUUUUAUUGUUCAUUCAUUUUAAUAUUUACUGUUCCUUCAAAUUGAAACGUUUACUGUUUACGUUGUUCUCUGUUUGCAGUCACAACGUCCGUGCCGUUCCAGUGAUGUUUUUGUGCUGAUUGUAUGCUUGUUAAAACCAAUGCCACACGUACUGCGUUGUGUGUGUGUGCGGUUCUGUAUACCCGGACCUAACAGCUACGGCAGGAUCAGGCCGUAUCUCCCCGUGUCUAAUGACUUAAUUCAUAUCCUUUAUUGUGUUUCGGUGCCUUGAAUGGAUAUGAGCUUGAUCUUGGCAUUAUCUGCCGUUCACCGGGCCUUUAUUCAGCCCUCGUCCUUCAUCUGAGCACCGACCGGCGUGGGCUCUUGUUCGUACUAUUUAAUUGCGUGUGACUGUGCAGGUAGCAUACUGAUCGCCUCUGUCUGUCGAGCAUCCGCAGCUCCUCUGUCCUUGCUCUCGUUCACCGCUGAUAAUUGAUUGAGUAGACACUCAAACACACACACACAGUCAAACACACACACAGAAGUUUAAGCUGUUUGGUUUUUUUUAAAAAGACAAAACAACUUGUUUGUUCAGACGUCAACAGGAUAUGAACCAAAAACACCAGACGAUGUUUGCUGUUUAUGUGGAACCACUACGCUCACAACCUGAGUCUCACAUCAUUUCAAACCAGUCAACGCCCGUCGACGUCGUUAAGCACUUUGGCCAGAAUAUGUUUGACGUUUUUUUACAGUUCUGAAAAAUGACCAAAGGAGACGUUAGAACGUUGCUAACAGAGGACACUGAUGCUCGUAAAAAAAAAGAAAAAAAAAAGGCAGAAAUGUUCCAAAGCGCUAUAAUUUGUGAAAUGCAUAACAGAUGCUGCAGUUUCACUUUGUUGGUGUACAUUUAAAGUUUAGCUUUUAUGAACUGUUUCCAAGGUGACUUUUGGACUUGUCUUAAAUUUUAAGCCUGUGUUUUUUAGACCCGCUGCACCACAGCGGGCCCAACAACAACAACUGCCUGCUGGACAGGUAGAAAACAAAAUGGUUCUUUUUUCCACUGAGGAACAGAGCGGCGUCACUCAGUCUGCCUCUCUGCUGCCUCUUCUGUUUUCACGUUGAAGUGCUUGAUUAAUCACUCACUCCAAACCUGUGGUGAGGAUUCGACCUCAUGUCCCUGCAGGUCGGUAACAGUCGUUCUCUGCCAAUUAGUUACUUCCUGUCUGUUGUCUGUGGCUUUUGUUAAGUCCAGAGCUAGAAACAGUAGAAAAGCAGGUUCUUUUUUUUCUCUCCCUCUCUGUUGCUUUAAAUGUCAUUUGACCACUAGGGAGCACUCUACCUAUAAGUAAAUGAGAUUCUACUCCUUACACAACAACAACAACAAACACCAGGUUUUUUUUUCUUCUCUCCUUUCUGUCGCUUUAAUACAUUCUUCUCCCUACUAUGCAGAAUUGACAUUUUUUUCUCAGCAGGUCACUGCCAUACAGAGAUAAUGUGAUGAGCGUGGGCUCUCAUUCUGACAUUUUCUCAACAGCAUUCAUAAUUGACUGCAGAAACAAAUAAGUUGUCAGAGAUUAUAAUUGGUUAUUGAGAGAGAGAGAGAGAGAGAGAGAGGUCGGCAGCAGCUUUAAUGUUGGAAAAGAAACCGAAAGAACCGCAAAGCUUUCUCUGAGUGUGGGACAAUCGAGUCAGGAAAAUGAACUCCUGCCCUGAUGAUGAUAAGCCUGUCCAUAAGACGAGUGUGUCCAUCAGGCCCAGCCUGCGUCGCCUUAAAUCUUAACAAUAAAAUGCACUAGAGUAGAACCUGGCAUCUUCUCAGGAGAGAGAGAGAGAUAGAGAGAGGAGAGCUUUUAUACCUCGGCUUCAAGCGAAGGAAAUGUUUGUACUGUAGAAGAGGUACACACACAACUGUUUCACUCUUCUCAUAUGUAAAAAAAAAAAGAGAAGAAGAUAAAGAAGAAAAAAGGGCAAAUGUGUAAAUAUGAUUUCUGUACAAAAGAAAAACAAACCACGUGUAAAAACUGAAGACUUGUUCCCCUGAUGCAACGUUUUUGUAUGAAUGUCUUAUUUAUGUUUUAAUCUCACCUGCUGGGCUAAGAACAAUGUAAAGUCACAUUUCUCUCAUUAUUAAAAAAUAAUAAUAAUAACUGA